AUGUCAGAGCUGGAGCAGCCUGCCGCCCCCAUAGAUGAAGACAAGCUACCAAUACAAACGGAAUACCACGCUCAACCUGUCCGAGAUGUACCAGAGUCUGAUCCCAAGCUGGAUAUCCGGGAUGACGAGACAUCCGGGCUCAUUACGCUGCAACGCGGCACAUCGAACACAUACGUCGUUCUCGUGCAAGGGAUUGCGAACCUGGAAUGGAAAUCCCAGAAGCGAUGGGAGACUUGGAUGCCCUGGUUGGACGGCAUGGGGUUGAAAGACGACCAUACGGUCAAGGCCUAUCACUAUGACAUCGCCAGUCAGGAUCCUGCGAUUUUCAGCAUCACUGGGAUUGAAAAGGAGGCUGGAAAACUACUCGAAGGCCUCACAAGUAAUGAAGAGCAAGAACCCACCAGGCGAUAUAUAUUUGUGGCUCUGGACAUUGGAGGAAUCCUAAUCAAGAAGACCCUCAUCUCUGCCAGCCUGGAGCCGACCAAGUACGGUGAUCUGGACUAUCGCACAUCCGGUCUGGUCUUCGUUAGCUGUCCACACCGGACUUCUACGAUCGAGGAAGCAGAGGACUAUAUCGGAACUCUCGUCUCACUGAACUCGCACUUUCCCUCCAAUUCUAUGCGAAAGAUCAGGGAGUUGGCACAGGCAGUCCAGGCUAUCAACAGGGAUUUCCUUGAAACAAAGUAUCUGAUCCGGGCAGUGAUUUGCAAUAUCGUGUCUCCCAGGAUCAGAAACAUUGUGACGGAAGAUAAGACUGACAAUAAAAGCGAAGCCGAUAGCGACAGUGAUAGUGAUAGUGAUGAAGAAUCAACCGUGGAGGAGCAAUCAGUUCCAGACGCUACACCGGAAGAUACCCCAGCAAGCCUCCUAGGGAGCAGCUGCUCGUGGUUCGCAAUUCCAUUUGAGCUCGUCCUUCCCACCCAGAUAUCAUACCUAGAGGUGACUACAGCCUCGAUCCGCUCAGAUGCAGAAAUACUAUCGCCAGAGCAUUCCGGCAGACUCAAGCUCGCUCUCGACGCAGCCCGGAAUGCCGAAAUGGACAUGGCCAUGCACUGCGUUGCUCUAUCUCGCGCGCCGCCUCUCUACCCACCUGAGCGCCUGUUAUGCGAGACGCCACUAGGAGACUGUCCAGAGGCCCUUCUUACGUCCGAUCCGUAUAGGCAGUGGUUGGACCAGCGUGGAACCUGCGUUCUACACUUACAUGGGACGUCUGACGUCUCUGCCAUGACACAGCAGCUCGCUGGGCGUCUCAACAGCUGGAAAAAUGGAGAAGACAGUGCCGUCUUUUUCGAAUUCAGUCGUCGCGAUAUCCGAUUCAGGAGCAUAAAGGCCUGUCUCUCGUCCAUGCUUGCUAUCUUGUGCAGUCGCUUUUGCCACCUUUAUCCGAAAUAUAUCUGUGACCUUAUCGAGGGCGCGUACUGCAAGCACGAUGCGAUCCUGGACAACCUUUACGCCGCCCUCAUGAGCAUCCGAAUUCAGGAUAAUGGUCGCGGUUUGACAUUUAUUGUCAAUCGCCUGGAAGAGUGCGAUGAAUCACGGGAAUGGCUGGUGAAAAGGCUAUCAAUGCAGAGGAAUCAUCAUCAUCGAUAUCGCUUUGCCUGGAUUAUCAGUAGCCAGGGGAGUGACGCUAUCAAGUCGGAUUUAUCUGGAUGGCCGGCCAUUGACAUCGACGGGCAUAGUCUGACAAGAGACAUGCACCUGCAGGAUCAAUUACCGCUGCCCCCCUACCUGGCCUGCAGGUUUUGGCCUUUCAGUGAGGGAGAGUUGGCCAUUCUGGCCUCGCUGCAAAGUGAAGCUGUGCAUGAUUCGGUAGCAGAUACAGCGGACGGUAAAUCCCAUGCCGUCAUGGCACGCAGCUGUCUGAGGUAUCUAAGAGACCCAGCAGUGCAGGCCCAGAUGCAGGCCCUCUGCAACAACGCAGCCCUAACCCGGCCGCCGCUGUAUACAGACCACCAGAAGCUGAUUUCAUAUGCCACCUCGUACUGGCCACUCCAUUAUCAGCUUUCCGGCGACGACCGCCCAUUUCAGAGCGCUGUUGACUUUUUUGCUGAUCCCCCAUCGCGAAAUACCUGGUCUAAUGCUCAAUACCUACUUUGUAACCCAGGGUCCUGGUUAGAGCGGUGCUAUUUGUCUCCGCUGCCUCUCAUGGCAAUGCACGGAUUGGAUGACCUGGUUUCCGAGUGGCUGGGUCGGGAGGAAGACUGCAAGCUUUUACAACUCGACGGCGCGCUCGCCGUGCGUGAGGCGGUGCGCCGGGGCCAUGUCUCUACCGCUAGGUUGUUAUUAGCAGCCGUAGACUUGAACGAGUUCGCGCUUGCCGAUGCCCUCACCGCAGCAGCGUCCUUUGGAGAAGGUGGAAUGAUCCACGAGCUCGCAGAGAAGGCAUCCACCAUCGACGGAUUCCAAUGGCCCAGAUUGCUGCUCAUGCGCCUGGCCUUUCUGGGCUUACAUAGCACGGCGAGACUCCUCCUCGACUCGGGGGAACAGGUAGAUCCUCCAGAUCAGGCCCAUGGCUCGGCUUCAUUACACAGUGCCGCUUUCUGGGCUCAUGAAAUGACCCUCCAGGUACUGCUAGCAGCGAAGCCAGAUCUGAACUACAGCAAUGAGAAUGGGGUCACUGCUCUGCAUUUCGCGGCCCUCUUGGGAAGCGCCGACAGCAUACGUCUUCUUCUCGAGGCUGGUGCUGCUAUCGAAGCCCAAACAGACUACAGCAUGACGCCACUCCAAGUAGCUCUGCAUGCCGGGAAUAUUGGCGCGUUUGAGAUAUUACUCGAGGCUGGAGCGGACCCUAACCAAGGUAAACAUGGUAGAUGGGACGUAAAGGAGGAGAUGAAGCCUCUGUUUUACUGUGCUUACAAUGGACUUGUCGAAGAGACAAAACUUCUAUUAGCUUACAAGGCCGACAUUAACGUCAAGUACUGGGAUGGGAAACUGUCUGCGGCAUACUUUGCGGUUGACCGUGGCCACGUAGAGGUGGCGGAGCUGCUGCUUCAGAGCGGAGCGGAUGCCAAUGAGAACCCUCCACGCUGGGAUUUGAUUCUGUUGGCAGCAGCUUCUGAUUCAGAUGAGACAAGAAGUCUGGCGAUGGUCAGGCUUCUUCUGGAUCACGGCGCGCGCAUCGAGGACGAGGACAAUAGUAGCUCGUGGAGAAGCACUGCUCUGUCUCGAGCAUCCGGAACAGAGAACACUGAGGUUGUCAAGCUGCUGCUGGAUGAAGGGGCCGAUGUUAACCACCGUGGGAAAGGCUCUGACACCCCUCUAUACUCGGCGUGUUACACCUGCCAGCUAGCAAAUGUGAGGCUGCUCAUCACCUCCGGGGCAAAUGUCAACGAGGAGCCCGAAGAUCCGGAUGAGUGGAGUCCUAUCCACGCAUGCUACGAUAGUGCAGAGAUUGUGAAGACCUUGCUCGACAACGGGGCAGAUCCCAGCAGACUCGCAGGUCGCGAAAGCUGUCUACAUCUGGCCGUGAGGAAUCAUCAAGCGGACACCGUGCGGGUCCUGCUGGCGCAUCGUCCAAAGAUAGAUCUCGAGUUGACCGUAGAAUCCCCUGCUUAUGACGAAGAUGAUAACUACACGGCCUUGUGCGUUGCCUGUCAUAGUGUAAAAAGCGCCAAAAUUGUCCGGAAACUGCUGGACGCUGGCGCAAAUGCUAACCAUCAAACCAAGCUCGGAAAACGGCCGUUAGACAUCUGCGUCCAGGCAGGCUCAACGGCCGUGGCCAGGGCGCUAUUGGAAUACCGAGUCCCUGUCGACUCCGUUGAUAACGACGGGAAUACACCGCUACAUCAUGUAUCUUCAUCCACAGAACGCGGUCUCAUCGAGCUCCUCGUGCGUGCUGGUCUUGAUCCCUGGGAACUCAACGACAAGGGAAUCACACCAUUUCGCAGGGCCGUCGAGGUAGGCAACUAUGCUGUGGUCAAGUACCUGCUUUCCAGAGAUUCUAUUCACAAUCGGUUUCUUGAUGGAUCCCCGAGUCUCGUUCGAUCCGCCUGUCAGAAUGGCGACCUGCAGACCCUAAAAGCCCUGGUGAGCGCCGGUGCAGAUCUCAGAAGCAUUGACUCCAUGCCUGGCGCCACUGGCCUUCUUGUAACGGCAAUAGACAAAUGGAAACGCCCUAAUCAGGAGCUCGUUGAAUAUCUUGUCACGACAGGCGGCGUCAAUAUCAACGGUCCCGGGCUAUUUGGUUAUCCCCUGAUAGCCGCCUGUGUCCGCAGCCAUGAGGAACAGGUACAAUACCUAUUGAACCAUGGGGCGGACGUGAAUCUUCAAGACUCAACCGGCAGGACGGCCCUGCAUGUGGCGUCGGUGCGCGGUGUACUAACGGUAGUAGAAGCCCUACUCUCCGCCGCUGGAGAACAUUCUACCGCGAGUGCAACGCCAAAGGACAGAAUGGGCAGGACUGCCGUGCACUUCGCCGCUGCCAGUGGUAACUGGGACGUAUUUCAGCGCGUCAGCAGUCUUUACGAUGCGAAAGAACUCACAGAGCCGGACUAUGAUGGCUGGACACCGCUGUUCUGGGCCUUGCGCAAUCAGAAGUCCAGCGCUGAUAUAGUCCAGCAUCUCAUCGAGCAUGGAGCUGACCCCUGGGCCCGGGAUCAAGACGGUAAUGGUAGCUGGUCGCCAGUCAAACUUGCUAAGUACAUUGGUGCGCCUGAGGACGUCCAGGUAGCUCUUCGAGAUAGCUCUCCGAGAAGAGAUAAGAACAGCUCCGAGGAGUUCUCCCAUGAUUCCCAACCGGCACAAUACCAAAGUGGAUGGGUGUGUGAUAGCUGCAGAUUGGGCAUAUUUGGAAUCAGGUAUGCGUGUCAAACGUGCGAGGGCUAUGACCUCUGCUUUCGCUGCUAUAUGUCGCGCGAACGAUUCCACUCCGACCAUGCACAAGAUCGCUGGGUUGAGAAAGGGUCUGAAUUCGAGGACGAUACACCCUCAUCGGACAAAGGGGAUGACGAAAGCAUCGCCAGUAGUAAUGAGCUUUCGCUGGUCUCGUCAGGCAGUGAGAUGGAUUCGUCUGAUACAGGUUCGAGCUAG